UUUGAUCUUGAAGCCUUCGUACGAGAUAUCAAACUUACAAGCUUCAUGAUCUUUAAGAUGCACGGGCUAAACUCCUCUAGCACGUUGACCAUUACUCCUUCGAAACUUGUGUAAUAGGACAAUGUCUUCAUCAACCGGUAAUGGGUGGGCCCAACUCCGCCAACAGGCUCGAUCGCUUGAGACUCAGACCGAGUCGUUAUUCCAUACCUAUGCCCAGUACGCUUCCGCGGCUCAAAUCCCCGCUCAGCCUUCGGAAGAAGAACAACGUAUUGAAAUUCAAUUGAAAGAUCUCCUUGAGCGUCGUGAAUAUCUCAUCUCUCAACUGGCCCGACUCUUGGAUUCGGAAUCUGGCCUAACCGCUUCCGCCUUGAAACAAAAUAAUCUUUCCCGACACCGAGCAGUUCUUCAAGAGCAUCAACAUGAACUUAGACGCCUGCACAAUGCUAUCUCUGAAACUCGCGAUCGUGUGAACUUGCUUUCUAAUAUUCGCUCAGAUAUUAGCGCAUACCGCGCGUCAAAUCCACCAAUUGCGGAAGCUGAUUAUAUGUUGGAAGAACGGGCACAUCUGGAUAAUAGCCACAAUAUGAUGGACAGUGUCCUUAGUCAGGCAUAUGCUGUUAACAAUAAUUUCGUCUUGCAGAGGGAAACCUUGGCGAGCAUAAACCGCAGAAUAAUCGGUGCUGCGAGUCAAGUCCCUGGAGUGAAUUCGCUGAUAAACCAAAUCGGAGCCAAAAGAAGGAGAGAUGGGCUCCUUCUUGGUAUCUUUAUAGGUAUUUGUUUUCUAAUGUUGUUGUAUUUUCGUUGAUACUGCUAUUCUUCGUUGACCGUCUAGUAUCGAUCGACCAAUUGAUCAAGAGAAGAAUAAGCGGAUUUCAGCACUGAAUUAGGAGCAGGAUUUCACUCAGGAAACACUCGUACAAAUGCUAUAGUCGUAUAUAUGUACAUACGAUGAUCAAUAGCCUUGUUUAUUUGGGACGCUAAUGGACACGACGUACGGUGUACCGUCCGGAGAGACUUCUCAUGAUCGGCCCCACGAUGUGUCUCGUACAUUUUGGGUUGCUGUUGGAGUGAUUGACCACAGUGCAGAUCUAGGCUUCAAAUUCAUUGACCUAUGCUCAUGUUCCUCCGCUUUUCUUCAACCAGUCUUCGCAGACCAUUAUUAAGAGAUUCCAUCUCAGGUGGAGUGGCAACGCUGUUGCCGGCCCACCUAAUUCGGCAAACUUCAUCCAAAAGAUAUACGUAUCCAACCUUGCCGUUUAUGAUCCCGAUUUGCUCCUUCAAUUGAUCUGUAAACCCUUUCGUCACUAGAAAGUACUUGCCAUGUUGUGCUUCAGGUAAUUUCUUUCGCAGUCUUGACGUGAAGCUCCUGAUAAGAAGAGCCUUUAACCAAUUAUCCUCGACAUUGAUUUGUACUUGCUGCACAAGUUCAUUCGACCCUUGAAGUAUCUGAUGCAACGUUGGGUUCUGCUUUAUACCAACAAAAGAAGCAGCUUGCUGUUCUGCCCAGAGACUUGAGAAGACACUGACAAUAGAGAUUUUCCCUCGAAAUACUGGGGUGGUAUGCUGUAACGGAUUCAACCGAUCUAGCGUUCGUCCAAAAAGGUUUGGGAAGAAGAGUGCUUUGUCACUUUUAAAGAUACGCUGGUUUGAUAGAAAAGCU